AUGCUUAUUCAAUAUGAUAUCGCCCUCUUCAUUUUAAUGUAUAUUUUACCAAUGAUGAUCUUGUUUGCUACGUACAUUCCAAUAACCGUCAAAUUGUGGUCAGACCGCGGGCUUGGGGAAAUUACAAGAGCUCAAAUCGAUAGUAUUCAAUCCAAAAGGAGAGUAAGUCAAACUCAAUGCAGUUCUCAAAUUGUAUAUCCACUACUGAUAUUUGCUUUAUAA